AUGUCUCGGCCGAAGAAGAAAAAAGCCGAAGAAAAAGAGAACACCGAGGAUCUCUCCCCACUAAGGAGAACUCUAGGAGUGAUUUUCGCAAUGGCUUCAUGUGUAUUUUUCGCUUUUUCUUCGCUGUUUGUCAAGCUGCUUCGAGAAAUUCCGCCUCAAGAAGUGGUCUUCUUCCGAAGUCUAGUCCAAGUUAUUUUUGUUCUUCCACCGCUAAUCUACAGCGAAGUCCCAGUAUUUGAAGACACCAAACAUUUGCCAUUUUUGUGCGUUCGCGGAAUCGCGGGAACGUUGGCGCUGUGCUGUCAGUUUUACGCUUUCCAGCACAUGCCGCUGGCAGAUGCCACUGUUAUCGUGUUUUCUUCUCCCAUAUUUACGGGAGUACUGGCGCAUUUUUUGUUAGGGGAGGCGUGGGGCCUUUUCGACGCUUUAGCAACAUUUUUGUGCUUUAUAGGCGUAGUACUGAUAGCUAGACCAACGUUUUUGUUUGCGAGACAGAUAGAACCAGCCAACGAAGAAAGCGACUUUGAACAGGUAAAAUAAUGAUUUUUAUUUCUUGAAAAAUGCAUACUUAAUUUUUACAUUUUUUAAAUUAUUAUCCAAUCGUUAAAUUGUUAAAUGCCUCGACAUGCUUAGGCAAAAUAUAGAACAUUCGUGUCAUUUAGUUUGUGAGGGCCCUUUUUUUCUUGGCGAUUUCACAUCUCAAUCAACCUUAAAAAAGAAACAAUUUUUAACGGCAACAUACCUAACGGCCGAACAUUUUAUUUGUUGUAGAUAACUGCUAGCCUGGUUGCUCUGUGUGGUGCUAUUUUGACGUCCAUUGCGCUGAUCGCGAUCAGAAAGCUCAAAGGCGUCAACUUUUUGGUGCCAGUAUUCUAUGUAGGGCUGUCCAGCGUGGUCUUAACAACAGGGGCGAUCCUUGCAGCUGGUUCUUUCCAGAGUGUCAUAUGUGGCCACUCGCACGAGUGGUUCCUUUUUGGACUUGGCAUGUGUGGACUGGGUAGGUUUAAAUUUACUCUGAGAUGAAUAAGACUUCGUUACACCUUAACUUGUUUACACGUAGUAUUAAAUUUACCUCGAACGUAUGCCCUCUGCCCAGUGUUCAUGAGCUAAAUGUGCCCAUUUCAAACAGAUAUACAGCCUUUUCUAACCAGUAACUUUCCCUGUUUUUUUAACAACUCUCCCUUCCGGGAUGGCUGACCAGACAGACAAUCUUUUUUCACAACGCUUGGGAAGGAGGGGUGGGGUAAGUGGGUAGAAAGGAGAGGGAUGAGGGGGGAAGGGACGGAGGGCCGAGGGAUCCGUGUGCCAAGUGAAUUUGUCUAUUGAUCACCCGAUCUUAAAGAUUUCUAACAAAUUCGUUUCAACUACUUUACUCAAGGUGGCCAAGCACUCCUCACCAAAUCCCUGCAGUUAGAGAGGGCAGGCGUGGUCGCUCUCGUGCGCACCCUGGACAUUGCGUUAGCCUUCAUUUUACAGCUCCUGUUCUUGGAUUACGCUGCCAAUAUUUACAGUAUCGCAGGCGCAGCGUUGGUUUUGGGCUGCAAUGUGCUGGUGAUUUUGAAACGAGGCGGAUGCUUACCAACCAAGGAAGUAGAAGAAAGCGAGGGAAAAUUACCUGAAGAGAAGCGAAGCCUGAUAGGAACAGUUAAAAAACAACUCUAUGCGAAAAUGCUCCCCAAAAGCUACUGAAGCUAACGAUUUUUUAAACUUAAACCCUUUACCUCGUUAUAUCAGUAUGCAUAUUCUCCAUGCUGUUCCCUUUACAUUUCCUAAGGUGCUGACAAGGAGAAUUUGUUUAACAAUCAUGAGCUUCUUUAAUUAGUGAUCAUUUCCAUUAUUCUCAUAACCUUAAUGUUUGAUUCAAGGGUGAUAUAAUAAGGAGAAUUAGAUGCUAAUCAUAAUUGGAGAAUAUGAAUUAAAGAAAUUUACUUAACUUUCUUAGCUACGAGCUAGCGGCCCACGUUUAAAUCGUUGAAGGUACAGCUUAGUGUAAUCUCUUCAAGUUUUCUGCUGUCACAAAGGGAAUUAUCUAAAUGCUUACCUUUGUUAUUUCAAUAAGAUAUGAUGAUGGCGAUAAAAGUUGAAUAAAUCUGUCGCAUUCUUACUGCUUAUUAGAGUACAGAUGGCCCCUGUCACUGAGUUCCAAGUUCCAAUUUGAGAUACUUCUAAGGAUUUUGCAAAAAUACUCAUCUACGCUAACUGGAUUGGCUGGAUCAAAAAAAUUUAACUACUGAUAAAAAAUUUCCUCAUAUGUGAAUGUGUCCUCUAUUUUUUCUUCGAGUGGGCUAAACCUUUAAUGGGAAAAAAUAGUAAUCCUGGUAAAUGUAAGAAGCGUUCCCUGUACUCAGUACAUAUUGCAGGCCUAUGCAUGUAAUGACCGAGGAAAGUUGGUACUGAUUGGAGCGCCUUAAGUCGCCUGGUUGUUUUUACCCUGUUUGUCAACCUAACAUGGAUUCCUUCCAAGCCAAGGACAAGACUUGGCUCGGAGUAGAGGCGCUUUUGUCUGAUUUGCAAAAUUUAAUCGACGAUCGGGACUCUGCAGAUGUGUUGUUUCUAGUAGGCCAUGAUGAAACUGCAAUAUACGCUCACAGGCUUAUACUGGUAACAAGAUGUAAACAUUUCCAGAAUAGAAAACGAGAGCUGUGGUCUUCUAAAGCGGUUCAUUCACAGUUGACCGUGAGAAAGCCCGAAUUCCGACCUGAUGUGUUCCGCGAGGUUUUGAAGUUUUUGUAUACCGGAAAGGUAACUCGUAAAAUGCCACUGAAAAUCGAUUUUGAUUGUUGUACAUACUUUGUGUAUAUUUAACAUCGAAUAACAUGCAGUGAAGUUAUUUGUUUAGUGACGCGAAACUACAGGGUUUGAAUUUUUUUUUAUCUUUAGAUCGUAUGAGCGUUGUAGAUUAUAAAAAUUUAACCUCAAGCCACUUUCAUUCAGUGGUAAAUGUUUUUUUACUCUCGGACUUGAAACAGCUUUCUAGCUGUCAGAAUAAGAAAUCUGCUUCUUAAUACACAUGCCUUUCGCGUCCUUCUACUCCUAAAAUUCGGUGCUAGAUGUAAAAUUCGUAUAUUUCAGCAAUUAUGGUCUUGAUUUGGUAAUAAUGAAGAACAGCUCCCGUUUGUCAGUUUUUGAUAUACCCCAGAAUUCAUGUAGGGUCUCUAUCCACUGAAGUUUGGAUAAUAAAUAAGGCAGUAUGGUACUAGUGUUACCAAAAACUUACUGACAGAUUACCUAGCUGAGAUGUUUUCCUUAAAACUGGCGGCAAAUAUUGGGUUAACUUUUGGCCAAUAGUUGGCCAAGAGGUUCUUUUAGGGUGUUGUUCUUCACGAUUACACCUGAUUUUGAUGACCCAAAUUGAAAAAAAGACCACUUUUAUUAGGUUGAACUUCACAGUCGCACAGCCUUUGAAAUGCUGAGAAUAGCAGAGGAUAUGGAAAUAAAUGAUUUACAGUUAGCCUGUGAACAGUAUUUUAUGGACAAUCUGAGUACUGAAAGUGCUUCAGAAUUUCUAGCAGAUGCAAUGUCGCUUUCCAGGGGAUUCAAUGCAAGAGGCAUGUCUUCACUUGUGGAUAAAUGCAUUGGAUUCAUGGAGGAAAAUGCUGAAGAGGUUGUAAAAACUGAAGGGUUUCUUCUCCUUCCUAAACCAGCAAUGAUCAGACUUGUGUCAAGUGAACAGGUACAUGUGACAAGUUUAACAGUUGAUGGUGUUCAAACUUCAAGAGUUAGGGUCGAGGAGCCUUUGUGUGGUAACCUGUUCCAAGUGUUUGGUCAGUAAAAUAAAGGGCAAUUGUAAAUGCCGCCAUAGUUGUAACUGAGUGAAAAAAUUGAGAGAAGUUUAGGUGGGAUUGAAACCCAACCCAAAAUUUUAAUUUUGCUUGGUUUUGCUCUCUAAAUGCUUGGAACAGGUUAUUGUGUGGUUUCAGUGCAAACUCCUCCUCAUCACACCAUGAUAAAGGGGAACUAGUGUAUUCCACAGACAUAAACUUAAGAACUGAGAAAAAAAGUCUCAAAUAAAUAUUCUAGCCUUUUCUUCUGGUACCUUCCUUGAAUAUCUACCUGUAUUUUAAGGGAAAGUGUCAUCAUUUAGAGACUAUUAUUGCAAGUCUGCGGAGCAGGCAUGAUUUUGGCAAGCAAAUGCUCAGUAUUUUCUCAGCAAAAAUUAUACCUGCCAUCUUUGAUUUUAAUGGCAGUGGAAGGCUUGGGAGAGAAAGAAAAUUGCACCAAGGGGGUGUGCAACAGUCAAAAUUAAGGAGAGGGAUGGGGAUAGGGGAGUAAAUAUUUGCCUUUCCCAAACCCCAUACCCCACCAUCCACUCUUACUCUAAAUUAAACAUGGCUGGUGGGAUAAACAAUAGCAAGCUUAUAACAUUAACUCACCCUUAUAAGAUGCCUGCACUGCAAGCUAUAUAAUUGCUGGCAUGAAUUUUUCUUCCAAUUAAUUGAGGGUGGUUGUUUUACUUGGCUCCUAUGGUACAACUUUCAUCCCGAGGCCAUCCCCAAUUUUAGACUUACCAGUAGGUUUUAUUUUCACUCUCCUCCUGCACAAAGUUUGCAGUGUCAGAAGAAGAGCUUUGGCGAGCUGUUCUACUUUGGGCAAAAAGGGGAACUGGGGUAAACAAGCCAACCAGUCAGUGGACAGAAGAGGAGAACAAGAAGAUUAAAGAGGUGUGCCAUUUACACUGAGUGUAUUUGUUUAUUACCCACAAUCUUCAUCCAAAGUGUUGUCACAUUUUCCCUUUACAGGGGGUAGCCAGUAUUUCUUUAAGGGGGUUCACACUGUGUCAGGGGGUACUCACCAGGUUGUCAUGUUGACCCCCAUGCCAUGUCUUACUUAAUGUGACCAAAAAAGGUUUUCUGGGGUGCCUGUGAGAGACAAAGGUAGUCCAGAACCCCCCUUCCCACCCCCUUCCUUCAGCUAUACCCUUGCUUUACCACCUCAUCGAUGGAGAUGAGCCCACCCUACCCAAAUGGAAUUGUCCACUUUUUCCCACUCAAGUAGAAUUAUACAUUUGAAUUUUUCUUUUUUAAAUCUCCUUAUUAAACAAGGUUGUCUCAUCAAGAUGGUGCUUUAGUGGGGAAGUUGUUUGUGUGUGUAUGUGUGUUGUUAAACCCUUUACGCCCUAAUAUCAAUGUGUAUAUUCUCCAUACUGAAAUCUAUACUUUUCCCAAGGUGCUGAAAAAGAGAAUUUGUUUAAAAAUCAAGAGCUUCCUUAACUGAUGAUCAUUUUCUCUCCUCUUGCAACAUUACUGUGUGUUUCAGGUGUACUAUUGUAAGAAUAAAUGCGAUGGUGGUCACUCUUGGGGAUCAAAGGUUUAAUCCAGUAAAUACGACUACCAUAAUGCACAUUCAUCUAGUAGAGUUACUAAUUCAUGUUGUUUACUUACUUUUGUAUUUAAGGCAAUGUCAGGUGUUAUUGAACACAUCAAACUGCUGUUGAUUGACAGCAGUGUGUACGCUGAAGAAGUGGAACCAACUGGAGUAGUCCCUAUGGAGGUGUCUUUAGAAAGGUAAGCUUCAUUGUCUUGUUUGUUGUAAUUAAUCUUGUUUAAGAUAAAAUUUUCAUCAUUUAUCUUUGACCAGAUGACAAUGUAUCAAUUUUCUGCUACUCCUAAAACUAAUUCUGUUUUAGUAUCUCCUUAAAAAUUGCCAGUGUUCUAAAUAUAUGUUAUCUAUGUUCUCACUCAGGGUGAAAAACACUGUGCAAAAUGUUGUGCUUCAGUUUAAAAAACAUGUUAAAACAAAGUUUAGUGCUUAAUACUGACGAUAUGUUUUUCUAAGGUAUCGCUUUGCAGCAGUGCCAACCCAUUUCAGAAAAGCUGAGGAUCCCCGUUUAAGACCAAGAGCUUCUCAAAAGUUGUUCUAUGGUUCAACUUUACUAACAAAGGACUGCCUCAAAUUUCAAAACAUGCUCAAUGCUUGGUUUGGGAAUGAAUAUCAGGAAUGGCAGUUACUUUACAAAGCUUCAAAGGAUGGCUUUUCGGCUGUAGCAUUUCAUACAAAGUGUGAUGGACAUUCACCCACAUUUACAGUUGUUCUGGUGAGUAAAUAUAAAAUUAACCCUUUAACUCCCACGAUUUCAUUAGCAAUUCUCCUUACAGUCUGCCAAAUGAUUCUCAUUAUGUCAGUUUGGAGAAUUUGGUAUCAGAUCAUUUAGUAAUCCCAUAAUUGAUAUUUUUCUUAAUUCUCAUCACUUGUUUACAUGAUAUGGUACAGAUAUAGUAAGGAGAAAUUCUGUCUUGGUCACUCAUGGGAGUGAAAGGGUUAAGGCAAAAACUUUUCCAAGGAUAUUUCUGACAGUGCAACUUAAGAUCAGGGCAUGAAAUUAAUUUUUUUUCUGAUAGCCCCUGGCUCCUAAAUUCUUCAAAGUGGUAGCCAAUUCAAAAAAAGUUGGUCGCCAUUUUCAAAAACAAACAAAACCUUUUUUUAUGCUGUCAGCAUUCUAGAUAGACCCUCCAAAAUUAUCUUUAACAUACUACAAAGUGGACACUAGGAUGGAUGAUAGACAAAGUUCAAGCUCACCUAAAUCCAUGAUGGCAUCUAGUUAUCAAUCAAGAUGCAUGUGCUGCAUUUUGGAACAAACUUAACAAGGAAGUUUGCUGCUGAUUUGUCUUUGCAAAUCUUUUUAAUUCGUUAUAUCUCUUGGUAAGGUUAUGAUGAAACAUUCCAGUCACCAAUUUGGCAACUGAUUUUCAGGAUUUGGUCGCCAAAGUGAAAAAUUUAGUUGCAUUGGCACCUGUAUUAGGCGCAAUUUCACACCCUGAAGAUAUAAGUACAAGUAAGCCUUUUGAAUAGCCCUCUAGUUUUAUCUUUUAGAUUUCUGAUAUGAAGACCAAAUAUCUAUGACUGCUGGUCUCUUUCCUUGUGAAACACAAAGAUAAUUUGACAUUGAGUCAAUCAUGUAGAUUUUUAUUCAUGCAUCCUUUAAUUUCUGGAAGUUCCCAGAAACUAAGUCUGAGGUUUCAGACCUCAGAACUCUCUUAUAGUUUGUUUUUACAAGCCAGUUUUUCUCUUUCAUGCAUUCUCAUGUCAACAUCAUAUCUCAGGGAACAAAUGGAAAUGUUUGUGGUGGAUACAGUGAUCAGCCAUGGAGAAGUGAUAUUCCUCGUGGAAAAUACAUGCCAUCUGAAAGGUGGGUUUCUUGUUUAAAAUUUGCUGAAAAUUGUUUUACCUAUGAAAUGUCCUGACUUUUAAGGUAACAUUCUAUUCAUAAAUAUAUUUUUUUAUUUAAAUUAAACCCAUAAAUACGAUCAAAGGUUCUAGGAGUUUCUUCCAAUCUACAUUUCUAAAUGUUUUUUACCUAUGAUUAAUAGGGCAUUUUUGUUUACACUGGUGAAUUCUGAAGGUGUUCCUCCAACCAAGUAUGAUGUAACACAUCCUAAAUAUGCUACUCUACAUCAUCCAAGGUUUGUUGACAAAAAUAACUUUAAGAUAAUUUUUCAUUUAAGUGUUGAAAGUAGCCUGCAGAUUAGGCUUCCUUUUUUUUUUUUUUGCAUUGUUCAGUCAAACGAAGGCUAGCACAAGGUAAUUGUGAAGUGUGAGCCAACACAUUAUUUUUUUGGGCUCCUCUCCUUGUGUAUAACUUGCAAUUUGCAUUUGCCUUGCACUUGUCUCCAUUCAACUGUGAAAUGGAAAAAAUUACACCACAGGCUAUGUUGAAAGCUAUGCUCACUCAAUUUAAAAGAACCCCAAAGAAAUCAAAUUAUUUAACCCUUAAACUCUCAGAAGUGAUUAACAUGUACCUCCAUCAAAAAUUACCCAUACAUUAUCUAACAAACAGGUAAUAAUAAAACACAAACUAAUCAGGCAGAAGAUGUUAUCUUGAUCUCACAACAAAUUCUCAUAACUAACCAACAAGGUAAUGUGUAGUAGAAAGAGGGAAGAAUUAACAAUCAGAUAUUGGGAGUUAAAGGGUUAAAACUUGCAAAAAAUUAGUAGUUAAACUACUUUAAGACUGAAAAGUUGUGUUGACUUGUUUGUAAUUUUUAAUCUAAGUUUUUCUGUAUACCUGUUUUAUUUGAGAAUCAAGCUUAGUACAUUCUUCAGAAUGAAGGAUGAAGGUCUGGCAGACCAUAGUCAGAAUCAGUUUUAGGAAGAAAUUUUAUAUCUAAUAUUUAUCAUUUUUUUCUCUUUGUCAGAUAUGGACCCAUGUUUGGGGCAGGGGCAGAUCUGUGUAUCAGUGAUGAGUGUCAUGAGAGGCUUGAGUCCUACUCAAACUUACCUCACUCCUAUGAUGGUCCCCAGGCCUCAACCAGUCUUCUCAUGGGAGACUACAACUUCACAGUAAAAGACUAUGAAGUGUUUGGUUUGAAGGCAGAGCCACUUUAUGAAAGAGUCUAAUGAGUGGAGCCAGAAAAAGAUGUUUUACAUGUAACUAGAAAGAUAAUCUUUUCAUUAGUGAUGUAACAAAUUUCUACAUGAAUCAUGUUACCUCGAGAAGGCAGAUCAAUAUCAGUAUCUGGGCAACAGCCCACCUACCCCUCCCCUAACCCAACAUUCACCCUAACUUGUUAUCAAUUGACUGUUGUUGGGUGAGGGGAGGGGAGGGGAGGGGUAGGUGUGCCAUUGCCCAGAUACUGAUAUUGAUCCGAGAAAGCUAAGGCAUCAAAACUCCUUCAAUCAUUGGAUUGUGUAAAAAUUUUCACAACAGAGAUGAUCAUGUCUUCUUUUCAUAAUGCACAUGGACAAGGUGUUUGUAAAAUACAUGAGGAAAAUUUUAUUUCAAUGCUUGUUACUCAUUAUAAUUAUGUGUUUUUGCAUACUUGCAUAUGAUAGCAGUACGUUAUAUUUAAAAUCAAUUGUAAUAAAAGAAAAGUAUUACUGG